AUGGCACAAAUUUACAAGAGUAGGUAUUUCAGUAAGUCAGAUCCUCUCAAUGCUCCACUUGGUUCUCGGCCAUCAUAUGCUUGGAGAAGCAUUCAUGAAGCUCAGACUAUGAUGAGGCAGGGAGUAAGAGCCAUCAUUGGAAAUGGAGAAUCCAUCAAUAUCUGGCAACACCAAUGGGUAGGAGCAAAACCAGCUAAAGCGGUGCUUUCAACUAAGAACAUUCCUCUUGAAAAGAAGCAGCUUGUCUCGGGACUCCGAGUAGUUCAAGACCUAAUUGGUGAUUGUGGAAGAGAAUGGAAACAAGAUCUCAUCUCUGAGAUUUUACCAGAGGAGGAUGCUAGGAAGGUUCUACAACUGAGACCAGGGGGACUUUUAACAAAGGACAUAUAUGCUUGGGAUUACAGUAGAUCAGGACAUUACUCGGUCAAAUCAGGCUACUGGGUCCUGAACGAGAUCACCAAUAAGCGGUUCGACCUGCAACCAAUCUUCCAGCCGUGCUUAUCCCCUAUAUUCCAACAAAUCCGGAAAACUGAUGUUCCCUCCAAAAUCCACCACUUCCUAUGGAAGUGCAUGGCCAAUUGUCUGUCGGUCUCAGCAAUGAAUCAGUCAAUCACCUUCUGUUCAAAUGCACCUUCGCAAGAUUGA